AUGACGUCUCCACAUCUCAAGGGAACCGGCUUGUGGUCCCCGCGCAAAAGGUCGGAGAGUGUUGCCUCUCUAAAACGGACAGAAUUUUUAGAGACAGGACAAGGACAGCCAGAGUUGAGGGAUCGAUCGCAGUCGAUCGCAGAGGUUCAGCAGCCACCAAACACUGGUUUUCACCCCGCCGACCGUGUGUUCCCCGUGAGGUCGGUUGUUUCGGUCGAUCCAACCGUUACCCCCCAGUAUACGGGUUCAGUGCAUUCCCGGGACGCGAUAUCGUUAACCCGGGAAGGGGCACGACAGUAUCCAUUCAUCGACGAACGUACAUGGAACAGACUGCACUCGCAGCUUCCUUUCGACCACCUGCAUCCACGCGACCACGAGCACACUGAGCCUACCAUCACCACCGACAUUCGACACCAUGAGACACAUGCUAUUGAUGACAAAACCGAACUUGCGACAAAGUCUUUGGCCUCGAAGGUCGCUCAACACCCCGAAAUUCACGCUAAACCUGCCGGAAGCGAGAACCAGGCUAGAAGCGGUUCCACCGCGCCUGUAUCCUCACACCCCCAGCAUAGGAACGAUGGAGACAAUGUUCAUGUUACUGCACGCUUUAAACAUGUCAUGACGGAUAGUGGCCAUGCCGUCAUCACAGGACGAGACGGAGAAGCAUUUCAAUUCUGCGAGGACGAGCCCAUUCGAAUCCCUGGUGCGAUCCAGAGUUUUGGCUUAAUGAUUGCUCUUCGUGAAGAAUCACCAAAUCAGCUCGUAGUUCGCAUUGUGAGCGAAAACUCCGCUGAAUUUUUGGGUUAUUCGCCAAAGCAACUGUUCGAGUUGAAAAACUUCUGUGAUCUUUUGAGUGAGGACCAGGCGGACACACUAUUGGACCACAUUGACUUUGUUCGUGAUGAUGCACACGACCCAUCAGUCGACGGACCAGAGGUUUUCAACAUGUCUAUGCGCACAGCUGAUGGGAAGCGCUGCAAAUUCUGGUGCGCCACCCAUGUCUCUCAAACACAAAAAGAUUUGGUAAUCUGCGAGUUUGAGCGUGAGGAUGACGAAGUGAACCCGUUGAAUGUCGAGGGUCUUGCCCCUCCGGCAGUUCCCGCAGACACUCUGGGCAUUGUUCCAACACCAAAUCAACUUGCUGCGAGCACAAUCAACAUCAGUCAGCCUCUCCGCAUUCUUAGGAAUGCCCGCCGUAGGAAGGGCGAGGCAUCUUCGAUGGAAGCUUUUAGUAUCUUAACUCAGAUACAGGAGCAGUUGGGGCGGACGAAUAAUCUAGAUCAGCUGCUCAAUACAACCGCGGGAUUGGUCAAGGAACUUACCGGCUUUCACCGGGUCUUGAUAUAUCAAUUCGAUAGCAGCUGGAACGGCAUGGUUGUUGCCGAGUUAGUUGAUCCUAACGCCACUAUUGACCUCUACAAGGGCCUUCAUUUCCCUGCAUCCGAUAUCCCUGCACAAGCCCGAGAACUGUACAAAAUCAACAAGGUCCGGCUUCUAUACGAUCGCGACCAAGUCACUUCUCGACUUGUGUGUCGAACCUUGGAGGAUCUCGACUCCCCUUUAGACAUGACUCACGCCUACCUUCGUGCGAUGUCCCCAAUUCACGUGAAAUACUUGGCACACAUGAAAGUCCGUUCUUCAAUGUCAAUAAGCGUUAACGCCUUCAAUGAUCUAUGGGGGUUGAUCUCCUGCCAUAGCUACGGAACUGUCGGUAUGCGCGUGUCAUUCCCAAUUCGGAAAAUGUGCCGGCUCCUCGGCGACACAGUAUCCCGAAACAUAGAACGGCUUUCAUAUGCUUCUCGCCUUCAGGCCCGGAAACUAAUCAACACUGUACCAACCGAGGCCAACCCAGCAGGCUAUAUCAUUGCAUCCUCGGAUGAUCUGCUUCAACUUUUUGAUGCAGAUUACGGUGUGUUGUCAAUUCGUGAUGAAACCAAAAUUCUUGGUGGCAGCAACAACUCCCAAGAGGUCCUUGCAUUGCUAGAGUUCCUUCGCGUACGGCAUUUGGAUUCAGUGCUUGCCUCGCACGACAUCGUUAAGGAUUUUCCUGAUUUUCAUUACGCCCCAGGAUUGAAGGCAAUAUCUGGUCUACUCUAUGUCCCGCUUUCUACUGGAGGCAGUGACUUCAUCGCAUUCUUCCGCCGGGGACAGCUCACAGAGAUAAAAUGGGCUGGCAAUCCUUACGAAAUUGAAAAGCGAAAGCUGACCGCGGGGUAUCUUGAACCCCGCGAAAGUUUCACAUCAUGGCGGGAGACAGUUCUAUCGCAAAGUAGAGAGUGGACAGAGACGGACGUGGAGACGGCGGCGGUCUUGUGUUUGGUUUAUGGUAAAUUUAUCAAAGUUUGGAGGCAGAAAGAGGCCGCUAUGCAGAACUCCCAGCUCACUCGACUACUUCUGGCAAACUCUGCUCAUGAAGUUCGGACCCCUUUGAAUGCGAUUGUUAAUUAUUUGGAGAUCGCACUUGAGGGUGCUCUGGAUGAUGAAACCAGAGAGAGUUUGACCAAAUCCCACUCGGCUUCCAAGUCACUGAUUUACGUGAUCAACGAUCUCCUUGACUUGACAAACACUGAAAAAGGCCAGGACCUCAUCAAAGACGAGACCUUCCACCUCGAGUCAACCUUUAGAGAAGCGGCUGAUAUGCUCUCUGGCGAUGCCAAGCGGAAGAAUAUAUCAUAUGCUGUUUCAGUACAUCCAGGCAUUCCCGAAUCAGUUCUUGGUGAUCAGCGUCGUGUGCGGCAAGUUCUUUCUAACGUGAUCUCAAAUGCCAUUCAAAACACCAAAUCCGGCGCGGUCACGACAGAAAUGUGGCGUUCUACGAGUCAAGCGAUUCCAGGCCAUGUAGGAGUGGAGAUGAUGGUUGUUGAUACGGGUGUGGGUAUGUCGCACAACAAAUUGGAGAGACUUUUUCACGAACUCGAACAAGUAUCGACCGAUGAUACUUACUACCCCGAACAAGAAGAAGAAGAAGAAGAAGAAAAAGAAGAAGAACACAACACGCAAAACCCACCGCAACAACGUGUUUUGGGUCUUGGUCUUGCUCUUGCAGCAAGGAUCGUCCAUAACAUGCAUGGUCAGCUCGCUGUCAGAUCAGAAGAAGGAAAGGGCAGUCGUUUCAAAAUCAUACUGCACUUCCGAUUGCCAAAGGGGACAAGCGUGGACGGAGAUGCAGACGGAAUUUCUCCUCCCAGUGUUGUCGUUCCUGCGACGCCUAUGCUUUCAGACAAGGAGUUCACUCUAGUUUCCGGAGGACAUGAGUCUCGUGAUGUCAGACGACGAAGUUCUGAAAGCCUUCGCAGCGGUGCCAGUUCCCGCAGUGGACACAGUGGGCGUAGUGGGAAAAGUCAUGCCGAUCGACUCAUCAGUGCCAUGCAAGAAGCCCCCCUCAAAAGGCGCACUAGCCAAGAUUUGGAUCUAAGACGGCCGAACUUCACGUCCAGUCCUGCAAGCGCCAGCAGCAAUCAUACGCAUCCUCUUAUCUCACCAUCUGCUGCAAAGCGAUCAUUGACGGUGCAGGAUCCGAAGUCCACUCUAUCUUCCGUCACGCAUACCCCACCGCUCACGCUACAGCAACUUGUCACUCCCCCUCCCCCUGGUCUGGAGAAUAUCACGGACUCGGGAGUACCGAUGGGUGCUCUUCGAAUGUCACAGCAUUUCACCAGUCUCAGAUCACCACAGAUUGAGCCCAACAAGGAAGAUAACUCAUACUUUCCGAGAGUUUCGUCAAUCGCAGAAACAUCACAGGCCCCCUCCUCUGGGCCAACAUCCUCUGCCCCACCAACCAGCGUACCUUCAACAACAGACUAUGACCCACUAAACGUUCUUGUCGCUGAGGAUGAUCCAAUCAAUAGCAAGAUUAUUCAAAAGCGGUUGACCAAACUUGGCCACACCGUUGAGUUGACCAGCAAUGGUGAAGCAUGCAAAAUUGCUUUUGCCUCUGCCACCAAGUGUUUUGAUGUGGUGUUGAUGGAUAUUCAGAUGCCGAUCUUGGAUGGAAUGAGAGCCACCCGGGCGAUUCGCGAAUUUGAAUCCAAAACGCCCAAGGAAGCCCUUUCCGACAAAGCUAUGCACAAUGACCGAGUGCCUAUCUUUGCGGUAUCUGCAACAUUAGUUGAAAAGGACCGCAAAACCUACGUCGAUACUGGAUUUGAUGGUUGGGUUAUGAAACCUAUCAAUUUUUCUCGUUUGAACGUUCUUUUGAGCGGUCUCUGCGAUCGGUCCGCCCGAAAAGCAGCCACAUACACGCCUGAUAGGGAAUGGGAGAACGGUGGAUGGUUCGACAGCAAGUAA